CGGCCCGGGUGAGAGCGGCGUGGAGCGAAAUGGCGGCGGCCGCGGGUUCGCCCUCGGGUAGCGGUCGAGCAACGGCGAGAGCUCGACCUGCGCUCGCCCGGUUCCGGGGUUGUUUGGUCGGAGCGCUGCUAGGUGACUGUCUGGGUGCCGUCUUUGAAGGCAGGAGCGUGGUGAAGCUCCCCGAUCUGCUACGUUUCCUCCAAGACCUGGAGUCGGCACCUGAGGACGGGGAACCGGCCGGCAGCGCCCGCAGAGAAACACUUUCAUACACAGACGACACAGCCAUGAGCAGGUCGGUGGUGCAGUCCCUACUAGCCAAGAAGGAGUUUGAUGAAGUUGAUAUGGCCAAGAGGUUUGCUGAGGAGUACAAGAAGGAGCCAAACAGGGGCUAUGGGAUGGCUGUUGUCAACGUCUUCAAGAAGCUGCUGAGCCCCAAGUGCAGUGACGUGUUUGAACCAGCAAGAGCCCAGUUCAACGGCAAGGGCUCCUAUGGCAACGGGGGUGCCAUGAGGGUGGCAGGCAUCUCACUUGUGUACUCUGACAUCCAGGAUGUGAAGAAGUUUGCGAAGCUGAGUGCAGAGUUAACCCAUGCCAACUCCCUGGGCUACAACGGGGCCAUCCUGCAGGCCCUGGCUGUGCACCUGGCUCUGCAGGGAGAGCUCAGCAAGGAGACCUUCCUGGAGCAGCUCAUUAGCCACAUGGAGGAUGUGGAGGCAGAUGAUAAAUCUCUUACUGAUGCCCGAGCGCUGGGAUUUGAGGAUUUACCAUUUUCAAGGCGUCUGAAGAAAAUAAAGGAAUUCUUGGAGCUCAGCAGUGUUCCCAAAGCAGAUGUAUUGUUUGAGUUAGGCAAUGGCAUUGCUGCCCUGCGCUCGGUCCCCACUGCCAUUUACUCCUUCUUGCGCUGCAUGGAGGCUGACCCUGAAAUCCCUGAUCACUACAGCAGCCUGCAGAGGACCAUCAUCUACUGCAUCUCUCUGGGUGGAGACACAGACACCAUUGCUACCAUGGCAGGAGCCAUUGCUGGGGCUUAUUAUGGGGAGGAGCAGAUCCCCCCAAGCUGGGAACAGAGCUGUGAAGCCUUUCAAGAAACAAAGAAGCUGGCACAGAGCCUACACGAGCUGUACUGCCAGCGGCUCUGAGCCCAAGGGCAACCUGGGCUCUGAGAGUGAAGCAGGUGCUCACCUCUGCCCUUCUGGCCAGAAAUCAGGUGGUGGGUCCAAGGGAGAGGUGCUGCUGCUAUGAGUGGAGAGCAGUGGGCAUGAGCUGGGUUGGAAGAGAGGGCACAUCCCCUCCCGUUCUGGUGCACUGGGAAGUGGCUGCAUGUGGCACCUUGGGCAGUGGAUGCAUCUCCUCUGAAGUGUGUGGGAAUGUUGAGUUUUCCAUAAGAGUCCUGCUUGCUUUAUCCACUCUUGUGCCAUUUGUUGUGCCAGUUACUGCAUGAGUGUCUGAGUCCACUGACUUUCUUCACAGAAUCACAGAGUGGUUUGAGUCAGAAGGGACCUUAAAGGUCAUGCCAUGGGUAGGAUCACCUUCCAACCUGGCCUUGAGCAAUUCCAGCGUUGGAGCCUCCACAACUUACUCUUUUCCUCUACUCCUCCUACUGUGGCCUUUGAGUUGUUAGUGCCAGUGGCCUGUCCUGUAGUGGCUCUGGUGGGCUUAGAAAACAUAGCUGACCUGCUGAGGAAUGUGAGUGUGAUGUGAUCAUGGAGGCACAUCCCCAGAGAGUGUCCUGCAUGAUGGCAUGGGAAUGUGGUGUGAGGAUGCUGAGGGUGGACCUCUCAGGAAAGUCACUCCCUUAGAGGCAGAACAAAACAUGCUGGAAAUUGGAGAAGGGAUUACUGGGCAUUGUCAGUGGCACUGAGGAAAAGCCCUUGGUGACAGUCCCAGGUGGCUCCUGGUUACUGCUGGAAGAGGUUGGAACUGGUCACUGUUUCCUUGGUGUUGCUCUGUGAUCCACCUGGCAACCCCCCGACCACAUUUUGUAUUCCCUUACAUAACUUUCACCUUGCUGCAGCUCCUCAGUGCCUAGUUCUGCCUCUUCCACGCUGACCUACCCAGUGGGAUGUUUAAAUCUGUUAGGCAAGGUCCCUGAUUCUGCUGCAGUCAGUGACAAAAAUGACUUCAGCAGGAAGCAGAAGUUGCUUCUUAACAGCCUUAAAGCUCUGUGCUUGGUAAGAGUGAGUUGAAAGGGGAAGAACUGGGGGAGAAUUACUCAGAGUUGAAAAGAAUUUGUGCGUUUGAAGCUGGUGGCACUGGUGGCCAAGAGUAUUCCAGCACUGCUCUGUUGUUCCACUAGUUGCUGGUUUCAGACCUUUUCCCUGUGAUCACAAAGGGAGUCACAGCUCAGUCUGGAAAGGGAAAAAAACUUUUAAUAGCUGAAAGCAAAAAGAAAGCAAGAGGUGGAAAUGUUUACAGACCUGAAUGUGAGGAUGUUCUCUGCAGCCUGGUGUUUCUGUCACUGCAGGAAGGGGCUCAAGCAGAGCUCACUCCCUGUGGUGUCACAACACAGGGGAUGUCAGCUCCCUACCCACAUGGGAAAUCUGGCUCCAUGGCUCGUUCCAGUUUUUCCUGUUGUCUGCUUCCAUCAAGUGCCAGGCUUCUGUGUGAUGCUUUAAUGGGUUUUCCUUGUUAAGAUGGAUUCUUGUGCCCUGAGAACAUGUGGAAUUUUGCCCUGUUGUAUAUUUAAGUGUUGUACUGCAGGUCUGGGAUGUAAAAUGUCAGGUUUCCUUUCAUGUUUCUCUGCCAGAGAUGUGAACAUCCUCAUAGAAUUAGCUAAAAGAAGAUAUUCUCCUUUGAAAGCAGCUUUAUCAUUUGGAAUGUUUGGAACUCACCCUGGGCAGAAGAGCUCUGUUUAAGACAUACAGCUCCUUUUAGGUCAGAAUUUAAAUGUGUGUUGAAACAUUCAGCUCUGACUUCCUUGGAAAGAAAUAAAAUCACUUGGUUAUCUUUGUUAGUUA